AUGGACGUAAACAGCAUGCUGGCUCAAGGUGCCCACGCUGUCACCGAGUCAGCUGAUGGCAGGCGCCAAACAAACUCCCACUCCACCCGGCAUACAGGAGCACAGUCUACAAUGCAAACACAAGCCCCACAGUACGGCAACGGCCUCCAUCGACCAUCAAGGGGCAGCAACGGGUCUUCCUACAGUUCCGGACACUACCGCAAUUCGCCUGCCAAGAAAGAGCAGAAGCAUGUUGUCUUCCAAUUGAUCGAUGAACAAGAUCCACGAAUCCAGGCUCGUCUACCAAUGCGUGUUAUGAUCUCCCCUAGCGACUCCACCGAGUCAAUCAUCCCGACCGUGAAGAACUUUUACGGCUUGUAUGAUUAUGGCGUCAGUUUCGAGAACAAGGAGGGCAUCAGCAUGAUUGCUGCGUAUGACAACUUCGAGAACGAUAUGGUAGUGUAUGUACGGACUAUCGCGCAGCCUCCUGCUGCCAAUGGUGGAAACGGUCGUGAGUCGGUGUCGCCGAGAAAGCCCACUCUGGGCGCACCGUUCGAAAUGCGCCCGCCGCAGCUCAACCCGCAUUCGCCUUCGCGCACUGCCGCACGUUCUGCUGGUGUACGUAGUCUGUCACCAGGGUCUGAGAUGGGCAAGCGCAGUGCCUCGGCGGCUCCAGGUGGGAAGCCUCGCAUGCACAGGACCAAGAGCAAGGACAACAGUGUCACAGGAGACGCAGAUGGUUAUAGUAGCGACGACAAUGGAGGAGGCUCGGUCACGAGUUCCAGGCGCUCAAGAACUGAGCACGUCAAUGCCGAGAUCAGCGUGAAUAACAUCGUGGAGGGCGGCAGGCGCAACCGCGCCUUCGAGAGUUCGGAACUCCCUCUCUUCGUACCACCACAAGUACCUGUAAGCGCAUCGAUCUCAUCGAUCUCUCCACAACGGCGCAAUGGUCCAACCACCAUGGCAUCGCCUUAUGCGCAUUCCAACCAGCAGACGUUUGCCUACACUCAGCCUCUGCCGUCGCCACAGAGCUAUGGAGGGAGUGCAAAUUACAUCCAAUCUGCGAUGCCAAACAAUGGCUUCAACAACUACCAGGCCAGUAGACCAUUGCGCAGUAGACCCAUCUCCUAUCCAGCUGGCCGCCACUCUGGUGGGAUCCUGCCUACUCCCGAUCCGACUGUCGGCAGCGCUAUCUCGGAUGAAGACGUCGCGCUGCAACUCAUGCGACUCGGCGACCCUGCUGCGUUCUCGCAUGGCCGUACAUCCACCUCCACUGUCGAUGAUGCGCUCAGCGGCAAGGCAGAGCUUGCUUCCUCCGACGAGGAGUCGAGCGAGGACGAAGCUGAGCAGAAUAGCAACAAGAAGCCGGCCGUACCAGCCUUCCACGAUGCUGGUCCACAGCGGAAGAAGCAGCGUACGAUGAACGAAUUGCCAAGCGACGGCACGAGCGGUGAGGACUAUGAUGAUCAACAAGAUGGCACUUUCAGCAAUGAUGGUGCAGAUGGUAUCCGCAAGAUGAGCAAGCCGAAGAGCAACAAGCCUCGUGCUAUGUCGAUGGGAAAGCCCAAGCUCCUCAAGUCAGCCUCAGUCGGGCUUCCUAAGAUCCCCAUGUCUCCAUCCUCCAUGCCGGCUGGCUCGCGCAAAGGCUCUAUUGCCUCGACCAUUAACUUCCACCAUCAGCUCGGCGAAGGAGAGGACGAUCUCAGCUCCAAGCCACGCUGCCAGCGCUGCCGUAAAAGCAAGAAGGGUUGCGAUAGGCAGCGUCCCUGUGGCCGGUGCAAGGAUGCUGGAAUCGGUAUCGAUGGGUGUGUUAGUGAAGACGAGGGCAACGGGCGUAAGGGCAGGUAUGGAAGACAUAUGGGAGUGCCGAUCAAGAAGGGCGAGGAGGGUUAUGUGGAGGAGGAGGACGAUGAGAUGCAGAUGCAGCAGUAUCCGCCCAUGGGUGUACCUGCCAACGGCUUGUUUCUGGCGCCCGCACUGCCGGACAAGAGCAAGAAGAGGAAGCGGUGA